CCUGCACUGCAGCCCCGAGGGACCCCGAGGCCCCCCGCCAGCGCCAGCAUGCAGAACAGUCACAGUGGCGUGAACCAGCUUGGAGGUGUCUUUGUCAACGGGCGGCCACUGCCCGACUCCACCCGGCAGAAGAUCGUGGAGCUCGCGCACAGCGGGGCCCGGCCGUGCGACAUCUCCCGAAUUCUGCAGACCCAUGCAGAUGCAAAAGUCCAAGUGCUGGACAAUCAAAACGUGUCCAACGGGUGUGUGAGUAAAAUUCUGGGCAGGUAUUACGAGACCGGCUCCAUCCGACCCAGGGCCAUCGGGGGCAGUAAACCCAGAGUCGCGACUCCGGAAGUUGUGAGCAAGAUUGCCCAGUACAAGCGGGAGUGCCCGUCCAUCUUUGCCUGGGAAAUCCGAGACAGAUUGCUGUCUGAGGGGGUCUGCACCAACGACAACAUACCAAGUGUGUCAUCAAUAAACAGAGUUCUUCGCAACCUGGCUAGCGAAAAGCAACAGAUGGGCGCAGACGGCAUGUAUGACAAACUAAGGUUGCUGAACGGGCAGACCGGAAGCUGGGGCACCCGCCCCGGGUGGUAUCCGGGGACUUCCGUGCCAGGGCAGCCCACCCAAGACGGGUGCCAGCAGCAGGAGGGAGCGGGCGAGAACGCCACCUCCAUCAGCUCCAACGGGGAGGACUCGGACGAGGCGCAGAUGCGGCUCCAGCUCAAGCGGAAGCUGCAGAGGAACAGAACGUCCUUCACGCAGGAGCAGAUUGAGGCCCUGGAGAAAGAAUUUGAGAGAACCCACUACCCAGACGUGUUCGCCCGGGAAAGACUAGCAGCCAAGAUAGACCUGCCCGAAGCAAGGAUACAGGUGUGGUUUUCUAACAGAAGGGCCAAGUGGAGACGAGAGGAGAAGCUGAGGAACCAGCGCAGGCAGGCCAGCAACACCCCCAGCCACAUCCCCAUCAGCAGCAGCUUCGGCACCAGCGUGUACCAGCCCAUCCCGCAGCCCACCACCCCCGCGUCCUCCUUCACGUCCGGCUCCAUGCUGGGCCGGACAGACACGGCCCUCACCAACACAUACAGCGCGCUGCCACCCAUGCCCAGCUUCACCAUGGCCAACAGCCUGCCUAUGCAGCCCCCUGUCCCCAGCCAGACCUCCUCGUACUCCUGCAUGCUGCCCACCAGCCCGUCGGUGAACGGGCGGAGUUACGAUACCUACACGCCCCCACACAUGCAGACCCACAUGAAUAGCCAGCCCAUGGGCACCUCGGGCUCCACGUCUACAGGCCUCAUUUCUCCUGGUGUGUCGGUUCCAGUCCAGGUUCCUGGAAGCGAACCCGAUAUGUCUCAGUAUUGGCCAAGAUUACAGUAAAAAAAGAAGAAAUCGAGUUAUUCGGCCAGGAACUUUGUGGACUUGCAGGCGCUCGGGAGGGACAAGCGUGACUGGACUGCCAGGCAUGGACCCACUUCGGCACCCCCGGGGCCCUCGGACCCAGCGGGACCUGACACCAGGCGCUCAGUGGGAAUAGAGCUUCACUUUGGUAUCCAAACCUUUACUCGUUUUGGUGUA